UCCAUCCUUCCUCUGAAUCUUUCCUUUGCCUCUGCCUCUGCGAUGACACUCCUUCGUACGGCCUCAUGAGGUCGUCUCGUACACUCUCAACUCCUUGACAAAGUUCUUUCGCUGGACUCACAGCGCUGCUAGCUGCUCUGACACCCGACAUCUCGGCAGCAGCCUUACGCACACUCCACCAUGUACGCCGGUUAUCAAGCAGGCUACUAUGACGAGCAACAGCAGUACUUCGAACCAACGGGAGCUUAUGCUGGACAAGCACCUGGAUACCCGUCAACUUCCAUGCCACAGUCUGGUGUGCCGUACGGCUACCCACAUCAGGAGUAUUACGCAGCUACCUAUGGUCCGACCUACGAUGCCAACGGCUAUGCCUACGAUCCAGCCUUGAUGCCGGCCGCCGGCGGGCACUAUCCUGCUCACUUCCAGAUCGGCAUGCAGCAGCACGCCUCCGAGCAGCAGCUUCUCCAGCAAUACAGAGCUCCCAAUGCUAUCCCUCCAAGACCGCCCUCCUCAACGCCUUCAGGCUCCAGCGCUCGCCUGAGUAUGGCGAGCAGUGGUGCAGCGAGUCGCAGCAAUCCCUACCAACAGCAGCAUCAACAUCAUCUUUCCGGUACUUCAACUCCUGGCACAUCGGUGGCGAGCGCUCAGCACUUGCCUGCGACACCGGCAUCGUCUGGAAGCCCUCAGUCACAACCGCAUGCCGGCAGCAGCUCCUUCGGUAGUCUCGGGGGAGUAGGCAGCCUCCCACCUAGGCCUACAUUCGACCCAGCAGCACCUCAGAGCGGCAGCAGCAGUCAAGGACCUCUUCCAGGUCAUCCGUCUAGUGGGGCUCUGCUCCGUCCUUCACCGAUUCCACGGCUUGGUGGGCAGCCGUCACAGUCGCGGCAGCAAGAUGUUGGCAGCAGCGGGAGGAGACCGUCGGCCUCUCAUGGCAAUCAGCUGCUCGAGAAGCUUCCUGCCCUACCUCCACGGCCUGUCGUCCAACAUGAGGUGCCACCAUCACUCGCCUGGCUUGGAAGCGUGGACGAAGGGCCGUCCACUGGAGGCAGCAAGGAGGCAGAAGAGCUCUCAACUUCCACCCCCGCCCAGCUCGACGCAGAUGCUAAGGCCUACAUCGCAUCUCUCCACGCUGCAGUCCAGGCGUACCAAAGUCGCGAAGAAGCAAUGCAGCUCCGGGUGGAAGCUAUGGCUUUUCGGCCAAACGAGAGUUGGACUGCGCUACGGAUUGAGAAGGGUGAUGAAGCUGCGGUACGGCACGAGAAAGAGUCAGAGACUGCGCAGCCAGCAGGUGAAGGGGAAGAGAAAUCGAUCACGAAGGAGGAGAGUCUACGCCCACCAGCCUCGAUUCUUGGCGUCCGCCUGCUUCGCAAAGUUGUUCAGCUUCAGAAGGAGAACGAAGAGCUAGGCGUCUUACUCAGUCGUAAGCUCAACCUGACCGAAGACCACGCCUCCCAAGCCGGCGACGCUGUCAACGGCGUACGCGCAGGCGGCGACGAGAAGAAGCAGCUCCUCUCUGACCUAUCCGACGCCCAUUCCCUGCUCUCUAGCCUGUCGAUCGCGCUCAAAGAAGCAGAGGGAAGAGCAAACAAGGCAGAAGCGGCUCUGCAGGUGGCGGUGCAGAGUAGAUCGAGGGGAAUCAUGGAGGCCUCGCCGGUGCGUGGACAGCAGGGCCCGCAGCAGGGGGCGGCGGCAACAGUUGCGGGAGGAAGGAGGCCUGAGCAGCUUCGCGGUCAGCAGCACCCUCAGCGAGGAGGGAAGGGGAAGCAUCAACAGAGGGACGGUACUGGCGCUGGCGGCGGAUGAACGAUGGGACGAUAGACGUGGACCCUGGUCACGAUCAGUCAUGUGGAAAUAGAUCUGAGUCACGGACACGACAUACACAACGGCGAGAGCCGUGCCAAACGCAUCAGAGGUAUCUUCCCCUUCAUCUUUUGCACGCCACUGCCUUCACACCAAUCACACGGUACUUUGAGGGCUGCAAAGCUGAGAUCUGCAUUGCAAAUAUAUGGUCGCGGCUGAACGAGGGCACGCGAUUGAACGACGUGACCCCUUGUGUCGGCGCAACGCUUAGUCGAAGAGACCGAAGC